AAUAAUUUCAGUGAAAUGGGUGAGACGCUGGGGAAGCUUUGUUCAGCGUCACGCGUUCCAGCAGUUGGUUCGGUUCUUGACCGCGUCAUAUCACAACCCAAUACCGAAGAUCACACAGUUCUAUACAAACUUGCAGAUUACAAAAAAGGUGGUUUACUAUUAGAGACGUAUACAAAGGGUGGCAUGGCUGCGGCAGAGAGGCUUAUACGUGAGGAGUUCUCGUCGUACAUGUACGCGGGGGGCAGGGGCAGGGUCAUCAACAGAGCUGAAUAUUUGAGAUGGAAGUUCAGGGACCAAGAGCAGGUCGUCCUGCCCAUAGAAGCAUCGCUAUCGCCUCACGACCCUCUCGCCAAGUGGGAGGACCACACGGCCUGCUGGCAAAUGAGCUACCGCGGGGCACUCGGCGAAUCUCUACUACACGUUCUUAUUAUAUGCGAUACAAAAAUUCACACACGUUUAGCAAGAACAUUAGUGAAAUGUUUUCCAAAACUGUCUUUAGACGUCGUCGAAGGGGAAGAAUAUUUAGGAGCCAGUUCACUGCACCUUGCUAUAGCGUACAGCAAUAACGAGCUGGUGCAAGACUUGGUGGAGGCUGGUGCUGAUGUCAGUCAAAAAGCUAUCGGUAGUUUCUUCCUACCCCGCGAUCAACAGCGAGACCCUCCCACCCGACAGACCAACUACGAAGGUCUGGCGUACUUGGGCGAGUUCCCUCUGGCCUGGGCGGCGUGCUGCGCCAACGAGGCGGUCUACAACUUACUGUUAGACUCGGGCGCUGAUCCCGACGCUCAAGACUCCUUUGGGAACAUGAUACUACACAUGGUUGUCGUUUGUGACAAAUUGGACAUGUUCGGUUAUGCUCUGCGGCAUCCCAAGCUCCCGGCAAGCAACGGUCGGCUCAACAAGGCUGGCUUCACGCCGCUGACCCUGGCUUGUCAGUUGGGCAGAGCCUCCGUCUUCAGAGAGAUGUUAGAGCUAUCCUCCAGAGAGUUCUGGAGGUAUUCCAACAUCACUUGCUCGGCUUAUCCUCUAAAUGCAUUAGACACUUUGUUGCCUGAUGGACGAACAAAUUGGAAUUCUGCGCUCUUUAUAAUAUUGAACGGUACGAAACAAGAGCAUUUGAACAUGUUGGACGGAGGUAUUAUACAGAGGCUGUUGGAGGAAAAGUGGAAAACCUUUGCCAGGACGAAAUUUCUCAAGAGGCUCCUCAUCUUAGGCCUCCAUUUGCUCCUACUUUCCGUCUCGGUGUACCUCCGGCUCAGCAGCCUAGAAGCAGACAUCCACCCCGAUUGGGGGCUCGAAGUGUACGACGCGAGAUCCGGUAUACGUCUCUCCAACGAACUAGGCACCAUCAUCAGCACCCUGUGCUACAUCAUACUGCAGCAAGGCGAUGAGAUCAAGAACCAGGGCCUUGUGGCAUAUUUCAAACAGCUGAUUCACGAACCAGCAAAGUUCAUAUUUUUGGCAUCAAACUUGCUCCUCUUGGCGUGUAUACCAGCUAGACUUAGCCGGAAGACCACUCUCGAAGAAGGAAUUCUGAUCUUCGUGUUACCCGGCUCGUGGUUUCUGCUUAUGUUUUUUGCCGGGGCCGUAAAGCUGACGGGUCCCUUCGUGACGAUGAUCUACAGUAUGAUCACCGGCGACAUGUUCACGUUUGGUAUUAUCUACUGCAUCGUGCUGUUCGGCUUCUCGCAGUCUUUCUACUUUUUAUAUAAAGGUUUCCCCAACGUACAGUCGACAUUAUUUUCAAGUUACCCCAGCACGUGGAUGGCGCUGUUUCAGAUUACACUCGGCGAUUACAGUUACACAGACCUCGGUCAGACCACUUACCCGAACCUGUCGAAGACGGUGUUCGCGCUGUUCAUGGUGUUCGUGCCGAUCCUGCUGCUGAACAUGCUGAUCGCCAUGAUGGGCAACACGUAUGCCCACGUCAUCGAGCAGUCGGAGAAGGAGUGGGUCAAACAGUGGGCAAAAAUAGUAGUGUCCUUAGAGCGAUCCGUGUCUCAAGAGGACGCACACAGGUACCUGCAAGAGUACUCCAUAGGCCUGGGCCCCUCCGACGACCCGCGGUACGAACAGCGCGGGGUCAUGGUCAUCAAGAGCAAGGCCAAGACACGCGCCAAGCAGAGGAAAGGCGCUUUGGCUAACUGGAAGAGAGUCGGGAAGGUGACAAUAACGGAGUUACGUAGAAGGAACAUGAGCGGCGAGGAGUUGAGACGUCUCAUGUGGGGACGAGUUUCUAUAUCUACCCCCACAAAGGCGCCGCUACCAUGUUUGCCGCCCCCGGAAAUAGUGAGUUCGGCGGAGGGUCCGGGCACCGGCGUGGGUCCGGCGCUGUCGUCCGCGCUCAACGUCAUGGCGUUCACGCAUGACCUCGACCUGACCAACACUGAACCACAAAAACAGCCACCAGACCUCCUAGUAAACGGUGUCACGCCGGCAGGAGUCCUCAGUCAACCCCAAACGAUGCCUAAACAAUUGACUUCUACAAACCACUUGAACGUCACUCUGAACCAACCUAUAUCUAAGACCGGUUUAGAAACCAAAGUGCCCACAACUGUUGGACAAAUGCCCAUAACUCCUGGCCAAAUGAAAACGCCCAUAACUCCUGGGCCAAUGAAUGUACCCAUGAUGUAUCCAAUUCAAGCCACUCAAGGUCCAAUGGACGUUUUAGGUUUAAGCCUGUCACCUCAAGAUUUACAGAAAGCACAGAAUAUGAUGCCUCCACCAAAGGUAGAGGUAUUUAGAGACUACCUCCACGAAUUGGUGUCUAUAGAGGCGAAAGCGGGCCCCGAUAAUCCGGAAGUGAAGACCUUGGCGGAGAAGGCAGCCGACCUUGAAGGGGUGCCGGAAAUUGACGUCAAUGUUACGAGUGCAGCGAAAUCAGCGCGUUUGGUGGUAGCGGGCGCAGUGUCCGGCCUGUUCGGGGUGGCAGCAGAUGUACCACCGCCUGACGCUGCGUGGAGGCGGGAGAGACAAGAGCACACUGACAGUGAUCCUGUUACAGACUCAGUAAUACUGGGUCGAGCGGCAAGAGCUCGCAGAGCACGUUCGGCUUCGAAGAGAGCGCCCCCUCCCCCGCCUCAUCUUUACGUGCCUGCCAGAUCGAUGUAUUUUGUGGCCUCUGAAAGUAGUGCUGUGGAAAGCGAUGUGCCGUUAGAAGACCAACUCAGUUCGGGUAACAACUCUGCACUGGGCGGCUUACGCGACGACAGAAUAAGAGCCGCUCGACCGUUGUGCAUACAGUAUGCAACAGGUCAAGCGCAAGGCGAACAUUCUUUAUUCAUAGUUGGUUCAGGAAAUGGCGCAGAAGUGGAAAGUGCUGCACCAACGCGAAGAAAAGUUGAUGUAAAAAAACAAAGACCGAAAACUGCCAGACCAAGACGUAGCAACAGGAUAUCUCCGGUUCUAGAGGCAGGAAGUCCUCUAGAGCCGUGGGCGACAGCUUCCCUGUCGAGGCUGUCACGCAUGAUACAGUCAUCCAGCAGUUCUUCCUUAUCAGUCAGCUCCAGAAACUCUCCAGAAAACUCACCUCGCCGGUACUGAUGCUGGCACAAACUCCUUUACUGUAUACCUAUCUAGUUUAAUUAUCAAUACCUACCUACGUUAGUUGAACAUUGGUCGGUGCAACUUUAUAAGUGUAACGAUUUUCAAUAAGCCAUUAUUUAUAGGUAAAUAUUUAAAUACUUACGAGUAUGUAAAAUAAUUUAUCGAAAUAAAAAUUUAUAAUGUUGACUACUUGUAAGAUGAAACAGUUUACGUAACAACAAUAAUCUAAGCAAUAAAUAAAACAACUUAUUACUU